ACAGCACAGCAGCAUCCACCCAUACAGGGUAUAGCAGUCAUCCCCAGCUCAGGCAGUGAUACAGGGACGCAUCCAAGUGAUGCCACUGCACCAACCGCAUCUCGCAACCGCGAAAACACGUCGAGAAUAAAGAGUCACUUCUGCAAGAAGGGAUACAAACGCGUUUGCCUCGAGACAGUCACUGCCCAUGAAGAUGUCUAACGUUGACAUGGUCUUAAACGCCACCGACCGGGUAGUAAAAUCCGUGCCCUUCCCCCUGAGUCACCGUCUCACCAUGAAGGAGGUGUUCGACUGCGAGGGGAAGCCCCGGGUCGACCUGCUCAAGGCCCACCUGACCAAGGAGGGCCGCGUGGAGGAGGCGGUGGCCCAGCGCAUCGUCAACGAGGGCGCCGCCAUCCUGCGCCAGGAGAAAACCAUGCUGGAUAUCGAAGCACCCGUCACAGUGUGCGGGGACAUCCACGGCCAGUUCUUCGACCUCAUGAAGCUGUUUGAGGUGGGGGGGUCUCCGGCCACGACACGAUACCUCUUCCUGGGAGACUACGUGACGGGCUACUUCAGUAUCGAGUGUGUUUUAUACCUUUGGUCUCUGAAAAUCCUCUACCCAAAGACACUAUUUUUACUGCGAGGAAACCACGAAUGUAGACAUUUGACAGAAUAUUUCACCUUCAAACAAGAAUGUAAAAUCAAGUACUCGGAGCAGGUGUACGACUCGUGCAUGGACGCGUUCGACUGCCUUCCCCUGGCCGCCCUCAUGAACCAACAGUUCCUGUGCGUCCACGGCGGGCUGUCGCCCGAGAUCCACACCCUCGACGACAUCAAGAAGCUGGACCGGUUUAAGGAGCCGCCGGCGUUCGGGCCCAUGUGUGACCUGCUGUGGGCAGACCCCCUGGAGGACUUUGGCAACGAGAAGACCCAGGAGUUCUUCAGCCACAACACGGUCCGAGGCUGCUCCUACUUCUACAGCUAUCCAGCUGUAUGCGAGUUCCUGCAGAACAAUAAUUUAUUAUCAGUCAUCCGGGCGCAUGAAGCACAAGAUGCUGGCUACCGGAUGUACCGGAAGAGUCAAACCACCGGCUUCCCCUCCCUCAUCACCAUUUUCUCCGCGCCAAACUACCUGGACGUGUACAACAACAAAGCUGCUGUCCUGAAGUACGAGAACAACGUCAUGAACAUCCGGCAAUUCAACUGCUCCCCUCACCCCUACUGGCUGCCCAACUUCAUGGACGUGUUCACCUGGUCUCUGCCCUUCGUCGGAGAGAAAGUGACAGAGAUGCUGGUGAACGUCCUGAGCAUCUGCUCCGACGACGAGCUGAUGAACGACGGCGACGAGGAGGAGAUCUUUGACGCCAACGCGGCGGCGGCGCGGAAGGAGGUGAUCAGGAACAAGAUCCGCGCCAUCGGGAAGAUGGCAAAGAUGUUCCAAGUGCUGCGGGAGGAGAGCGAGAAUGUGCUGACGCUGAAGGGGCUGACACCGACUGGGAUGCUGCCCAGCGGGGUGCUGUCUGGGGGCAAGCAGACCCUGCAGAGCGCCACCGUCGAGGCCAUCGAAGCGAUCGAGCCAGAGCCCGAGGACGGAGAAGCCAUCCGAGGCUUCUCUCCCCAGCACAAGAUCAACAGCUUCGCGGAGGCUAAGGGCCUCGACCGCAUCAACGAGCGCAUGCCGCCGCGCCGCGACGGCGUCAACCACGUGGGUCAGUCCAUGGGCAAGAUGAACAUGUCCGAAGCCAACGGCACGGACGACGACAGCGACAUCCAGUGAUCCCGCCCUCCCCCCAACAGCCGACGUCCAAUGACCCGCCCUCCCCCCCAACAGCAACGUCCAAUGACCCGCCCUCCCCUCAACAGCCGACGUACAAUGACCCGCCCUCCCCCCCAACAGCAACGUCCAAUGACCCGCCCUCCCCCCAAUGGCGACAUCCAAUGCCCCCUCCCUCCCCUGAGUCCGUGCCACAGCCGAAUCCAGCGGUCACACAUCGCCACAACCUGACAUCAGGCCUCCGAAUAUAGACGCGACAAAACGACACAAACUCACAGCCAGCAACACGGCACCCGCAACUGCCUUCCCCGAUGCUCCAACAUCCAAUUUCAUUAAACGCUUCCAAGCGUCCAAAAUGUUAAAAAGGUCAGGCGGUUUAUUUUUCUGGAACUGGGCUCCCAGGGGCGAGGGUGUAGUUAGCUGAGAGGGAGGGGAGGGGGGAGGGAGGGAGGGAGGGGGGGAGGGGGGAGUGUGGUUUCCACUCCUCUCUGGGAAGGGUCGGUGGUUAGGGAGGUUAAAAAGUCCAUCGGGCUACGGGGGAACCGGAUUGGCUGAAUGGAUGUGGUCCCGAGGGCAUGUCGAUCGGUUCCCUCUCCCUCCGUCCAAUCCCAGGCCGAGUGGGCGGGGCUCUCGAUUGCCACUCCAUCUUUCAAAGGUCUGACUGAACACACUGCAGUUCAGUAUCCAUGCAGCACCCCAUUUGACUAUUUUGACGACCAGAGUUUCACUCACAUAUGCAUUUCCUACUAAAACGACCCUGCUCCUCCACCCUGUUGUGUUCCUCGUCGCCACGGCAAAAUUGACAAAAAGACAACAUCCUGUUUGUAAGAGAGGACAUUUUGAAAAGAGAAAAACGUGUGCAUUUUGCUACUCGCGAUGCAAUCUCACCCCCGCCCCCCACCCCCCGCCGAUGGCGUUUCUUUCUUGGGUUUCUGUCGGGGUUUAGAUUCCGUGGGUCUGCAGGGAAUGGGGGGCGGGGUGGGGGCAGCGUGCUCACAGGGGCCCGGCUGGGGCUUCUCCAUCAAUGCCACGGUACAACAACAAGCCGCAGACCAAGCUCUGGGUUCUACUCACUGUCACCCCCUACCUGGUUGUUUUUCUCACCUGCCUGUAACUACUGAGAGAGAAUGCACAUAGUAAUUCAACUCUGCCGAUGCAGUCCAAAAAAAAAAUCAAAAUACAUACAAAAAAAAAAUACAGAUCUAUAUAUAUAUAUAUAUAUAUAUAUAAAUAUAUAUGAUAAUUAUAAUGAUGGACAAUAUGAAGACAAUGAUUUUUAAACAGCAUCUAAGGUAUGGAACGCAUCAAUGCAUGCAAUUAAGUUCCUUAUUGAUAUGUGAAAUUAUAAUGUGAUGUGUUUCAAUAUAGUAGACUUGAAUUAUUUCCCUCUUCAAAUUAUAUUUGUAAAGUUCGCUUUUUAUAUAUAUAAUUUUCAUUCUGGUUUGCUUUGUUUUCUUUUGGACCUUUUUUUUAUUGUUUUUAUUUCAUUUUUGUUACUGUUGAUUUUAUUUUUCUAUUGUUUUGCUGUACAGGCACAGAUGUUUUUUGUAUGGUAUGUAACCUUCCAUUUAUUUCUGUUCUGUUGGUGUACAGAAGUUGUUCAAUAGUGUGAAUGAACUUAUAACUCAGUGAAAAGCAACAUUCAGGCUACCAAAGCAUGAUCGCAUGGUUUGUUCAAAUGUAAACAAAUUGGACACGCAAGAAAACCUUGCGUCUCACUUUUAAAAGGAAAAAAAAUAUAUUCUAAUUAUAUUUAUUGAUGAUAUUCUUAUUCUUAUUCUUACAAUUAAGCUUACGAUUCUUUUUUCGUUUCACUUUGAUCCUUGUUUGGUCUAUACGUGCAUUAUUUCGAAGAAGGAAUUUCAUGGAUUUUAACUUGUGACAAAUUUUUCUUGUAAUUAGCUUUGAAACUAAGUUUUGGCAUUUGACUUCCUAAACGAUACACACAUUGUAAGCAUGCCCUAUGGGACAAAUCACUUUUUUUACUCUUGAAUAAAAUAUGCAUGAACCAAUA